AUGGCGGUUCUCUGGAGGCUGAGUGCCCUUUGCGGUGCCCAAAGAGGCCGAGCUCUGUUGCUGCAAACCCCAGUGGUCAGACCUGCUCAUCAUAUCUCAGCAUUUCUUCAGGACCGACCUAUCCCAGAAUGGUGUGGAGUACAGCACAUACACUUGUCACCGAGCCACCAUUCUGGUUCCAUGGCUGCAUCUCUCCACUGGACUAGCGAGAGGGUUGUCAGUGUUUUGCUCCUGGGUCUGCUUCCGGCUGCUUAUUUGAAUCCUUGCUCUGGGAUGGACUAUUCCCUGCCUGCGACCCUCAAUCUUCAUGGUCACUGGGGCCUUGGACAAGUUGUUACUGACUAUGUUCACGGGGAUGCCUCGCAGAAAGCUGCCAAGGCAGGGCUUUUGGCACUUUCAGCUUUAACCUUUGCUGGGCUUUGCUAUUUCAACUAUCACGAUAUGGGCAUCUGCAAAGCUGUUGCCACGUUGUGGAAGCUCUGA